AUGUUUAUCAAAUUACUGCCCAACAAUAACUGCAUGUCCUUGAAAAUUUACGUGUUCGAUAAUUUACCGCACAGGUUAAUGCUUGGAACAAAUUUCCUGUACCAAGCUGAAAUAAAUUUUCAGUUCAAUAAAGACAAAUCUUGUCGGGUUCUACGACAUGGAAAACCAUUGAAUGCAUCAGCUAUAGUCCCUGGUAUUCGAGUUUGGGGUGUUUGGUUCGAUGUUUAUUUUGAUGAAAAUUUUGGUGCAAAUACAUUUUGGAGUAUUAUCUUGGAAGGUGUUGCUAAAAGCUCAAAUGAACCUGAACGAGCUUACAGAGGUUAUGUUGCUGUUGAUGAUAUAUCAAUAUCUCCAUUGGAAGAGACUGAAGGAGUUUGUCAUGGCCAUUGUACCUUCGAAGGUGGAAUGUGUGGUUGGACCAAUGAACCCGAAGCUGAUGAUUUUGAUUGGAAAUUGGGUCGAGGCUCGGACAAUUUUUUCACCGGACCAGCCAGAGAUUAUUACAGCUUCAGUAAAGAGUAUCCACUUGGAGGUUUCCUUUAUAUUAGUGCAGCUUAUCCACGUCGACCAGGAGAUAAAGCUGUACUAAUUAGUCCUUCAUUUCCAGCCACAGUUAGUGGACCGUUCUGCUUCAAAUUUGCUACUCAUAUGUAUGGUAAUGGAAUUGGUACAUUGCGAGUUAAAUAUCGUCCAGGUGAAAGUAAAGAUGAUAAAUCAGAUAAAAUUUUAUGGGAAAUGUCAGGUGAAUCUGGCAAUAAUUGGUAUCAAGCUCAACUUCCCAUUGCUUCAGCUGUGGCAUUUAAUAUAAUAUUUGAAGGAAUCAUUGGACCCAAUUAUUUAGGAAACAUUGCCAUUGACAGUAUAUCUAUUGAACAAGGAGUUUGUCCAAUUUCACCACAAACUGCAGCCAGAAAAUCUGGUGAUUGUACCUUUGAGGAAAACAUGUGUUAUUGGACAAAUCCGUUGCCCCAUAGUGGAGUCGAUGAUUUUGACUGGAUCAGACAGUUUAGCUUUGGUAAUUAUGGCCCUAAACAUGACCAUACCAAGAAAAAUGCCAAUGGUUACUUCCUAAGUCUUAAUGGUGAUGCCAUUCAACCCUUGAGAGGUGGAACCUCGGCAUGGAUAAUUAGCCCUGAAUUUGAAUCAAAU